CCUAACAAGGGACACAAAAACAAUUCGGGAUACAAAGAACUGUGCACUGCGAAAAACUGGUACCCCUCAAAAUACAUCGUAUUCUCGGCUGAAUACUUACGUACAGUAGCAGUAACAAGGUCUCUUUACAGCUGUAGAGAUGGUCUCGCCUGUCACUGUGGUGAAGUCGGAGGGGCCGAAGCUAGUGCCCUUCUUCAAGGCCACCUGUGUGUACUUCGUGCUGUGGUUGCCCACCUCCAGUCCUUCCUGGUUCAGCGCUCUCAUCAAGUGCCUGCCCAUCUUCUGCCUGUGGGUCUUUCUGCUGGCGCACGGCAUCAGCUUUUUAGGUGCUCAUUCCAGUGCCCGAAAGAUCUUAGCUGGACUCAUAUUCUCUGCUCUGGGAGAUGCCUUUUUAAUCUGGCAGGAGCAGGGCUACUUCAGCCAUGGGCUUCUGAUGUUUGCCAUCACCCACAUCCUCUACUCCUCCGCAUUCGGCAUGAAACCCCUGAACGCAGUGGCGGGCCUGGUGAUCGGGGCCGUCUCGGCGGUCAGCUACGCGCUGCUCUACCCCUACCUGUCCGGGCCGUUUACCUACCUGGUGGCCGUGUACAUCGCCCUGAUCGGCUUCAUGGGCUGGCGAGCCAUCGCCGGCGUGCAGCUGGCCAACGACCUGUGGACGUGGACCAAGCUGUCGGCGUGCCUGGGCGCCAUGCUCUUCAUGGUGUCCGACCUGACCAUCGCCGUCAACAAAUUCUGCUUCCCCGUGCCGCACUCGCGCGCCAUCAUCAUGGCCACCUACUACGCCGCGCAGAUGCUCAUUGCGCUCUCCGCCGUCGAGUGUCAGGAUGCCGACAUGGCCAGGAAAAGAGCGUGAGAUGCCCCCCCACCACCCCUCCCGCCAACACUGCCCCAGUAUCCAAGCUCCAUCUGCCACCCACCUCACACCUGCCUGAGGGGGGGCAGCAUACCUCCCUGCCUAUUAUCCAUAGUCUUCUCUGAUUUCUCUCUCUGAGGUCUUUGCAUCUUGCUGCUCUCCUCAAUGUCGCUUCAGCUGCUUUCAUGUUUGUUGUGGGUCUGGGUAAUCCCGUUGUAGCUGUUGGAUGCAUGACCAGGGCAUUUGUGUACUUUAGGCCGCACUUUUAGUGUCUAAAUGUAUCCUGAUACAAAUCUCCGAACCCCUCACCGUGCCCCUGUGACACCACGCUCAAAUCAGCCCUCACUCUAUAGUGGUUCAGGAAUGGCACCUCGCCUAUGGGCUCCAAGUGUUGACUGACUAACACAGGGCAGGGUGGAAGCUUAUGGAUGGGAACCUUGCCCCUCUUACCCCCCACACACAGACACACACACACACACACACACACACACACACACACACACACACACACACACACACACACACUCAGUCAUACAUACGCGCACAUACACAGAGACACACACGCACACACACACACACACACAAACACACACACACACUCAGGUGGUAGCUAUGUAUCUGAUGUGGUGUAGCAUCCUCACGUUUCUCUAGGUCUCUCUCAUUUCAUGCUUCUGCCUUCUCUUUGUGUCAUGCCAGUUCUGUGUAUCUCUGUCCUAUGUCUGCUGAGGCCGUUAACACAGGCGGUCAUCACAGGCCAGGGAGGAAACAUCUGCUACUGUCAGAGAUCAGAGAGAGAAGGGAGAACAGCUCAUCCAGUUAGGCUUGGUGGUGGUUUUAUCCUGCCUGUAGUAUUACAAGACAUGAUUAGAGAUUUGAGAGUGCUAGUUAUGUGUUGAAUGAACGCACAUAUUUGAAAUGCUGAAAGAAGGCACAUUCUGUCUUCUUAUGUCCCGUUCUGAAAGUUGCUCUGUCGUACUGUUUCCCCCACUGCUCCCAAGCUAUCGCUAAAAUGCUGGAGAAUAUUCCUAAGUAGGCCAUGUUGAUAAGAAACAGUGUUACAGUGUUGCAGCUUUCACUUGCUCUGCCUUGGAAUCUGCCCCCCCCACCCCCAAAAAUGGAAAAAAGGAUAUUUACAAACAUGCGCACAGCAAGGCCCACUCCCUCUGAGUGCAGACCAUUCUUAGUUCUACCCUACAAUGCCAUGCAACGUUGGUAUUAGCCACUACAUCUUCCACUAAAUGUAUUUUUUUUUAUCAAUGUGCAAACCAUGUUAAAUGUAUUUUAUAUUUACAGUACCAAAUUGUUAAGAGACAAGAGAUUGAGGUUUCUAAUUGUCUGAGGGAGGAUUGAGUGAAAAGCACGUACUGACCACUUCUGUGUUCCCUAUGCUCCUGGCAGGUCAGAGUCAAUUCAGGGGAUUCCCCAGACUCCCCCGAUGGGUGAUUGCAUAGUUACGUUGAACCGUGACAUUAGUGAGCUGGGUAAAUGUUUGUUUUUUGUUAUUUUUUUGACCUUAUAUGCUCUGUGUGAUUUCUAUGCCCUUACAGUUUUCGCUAUACUUGUAGAGCCAGAACCAAUAUGCGUUGUGCCAUAAGGUUAUUUUUCUCAGACAGAAAUACAAAUGCUGGUGAACAGCAUUACUACUACUAAUGCUGGUUACAGUACUGUUAUCACAGUACAAGUUUGCUGUCAGUUGAGUUAGAAGUCAGAUCUUCAAGGAACCAAUUCUUAAUGAGGGAAGACUAUCAUUGUUUUUUUUUUCUUAUUUCAUUUCGUUGUAUGUCUACGAAUGCAUUUACUGACAAAUCCUCAAAUCCUUUAGCUGUAGAAUGUUGCAUGCAGUGCAGUGUUACUGCUGUUUGCAACUUUUAUCUGUGAGCUCCGUAAAGGGUCAUGAUAAAAGAAAAGAGAACAAAGAAACAAAAGGGUGAAUAACCAGCCUUGAUGGAAAAAAAGGAACAGACCUGUUGUGUGUCCAGCUGGAACCAGGCGUCAAAUCUGUCAACAAAACAGGUGUACAGUGCCCACAAACACACAAAUACUUUACACAGCCGUCAGCUACAGCAGCGCUGCUGGCAAGAAGGGGACGCUAACAUGACUUGUGCACAGGCAGGGACAGCAGUGGACCAACAAACUGCUUUAACUGUCUCUUUGAAGAUGACCCUUAGACCAACUCCUCUCUCUCUCUCUCUCUCUCUCUCUCUGUUCUGGAUUGUCCCAGACUCUAUGGAAAGCUGCGUCUCCGUUGUGCUGAAUGCACAGUUUCAUAGUUCCCUUUCCCCCCCCCCCACCUUUCUAUCCAUUCUCGGAGACAUCAGCAAAAAAUGUUUUUUUAUUUCUGCUGAGAGGCUCCACUGCACGCAUGUCUGUCUGGUGCAAGUCUUGACGUCUUCUAAACGUGUCUGUGCAACAGUCCUCUUUAUCCUUUCAGGUCAAAGCAGUCAUCGGUUGUGUUUGCACUGGACAUAAUAAGCUCAUCAUUCUGUCUCCAUUUUUAGAAGCCACAUGCGGAUGCUGAAAAAGAAAAAUGAACUCCCCCCAAAGUCACCAUGUUGUUACAUUGUGCUCUGUGCUUAUGGCAUGUGUGGAUCAAAUUAGAAAGUAGAGCAAAUUGUUGGUUUAGAGAGAUGUGACAUACAAGUAUGGAGUCAGAAGUUCUGAAAUAGCUUAAACAUUAAGAUGACCUUGUUAGGCACACAUGAUGCAGAAGUAGUUGUAGUUAAAUGGGAAGAAGCUAAUUACAGGUGAAAUGUAUGUUUAAUUAGUAACUGUCAAACCCAAUGUGGAACUAGUAAUGUAUUUUACGUCAUGGUUUGUCUAUAAAAGAUUGCUGAAGUUUAUAUGGGAUUAUAGGAGGAAAAGGCUGACAAUCUUUAGACAUGACAUCCAAAGCAUUUUCAAAAAGGAUUCAAACAUUUCUGAGCAGUGGGAAACUUCCAAAGGAAUCAAUACAAUGCACAAUAAUCCCUUUGAGACCAUGCUCCAUCUGUUGAAAUUUAUGGAAAUGUGGUAGCUUAUGGCUCUAAAGAUAGACCAUGCUUGCACAGAUGGAUUAGUGUUACAAUAUUUUAUCUAUGUCUUAAAUGGGACAGAGCCAGUUUAAGGGAUAAUUUUCUUUUUUGUAUUGAUAACCAAUUGAGUAUUUGAGAGACCCUCUGUUCAGACCUUCAGCAAGACCACUUAAAUAUUUAUUUAGUGCAAUAGAAAUGUGUAGUGUAUAGCCAGUUAAGUGCACCUUGGCUUUAGGCAUUGAAUUAUUUACAAAACUUAAUGCCAUCUUUCUUGUCUCUGUUUGCAGAAAUUAAACCAAAACACAGCCCUUUUCCCUGAGGGCUAGACAAGGGGCCACCGUUUUACUGUUAGCCUUUUGUGUUGUAAGACAAGGUCCAGGCAGAUGCACACUGCGCAGGUGCACGACGCCAGGAAAGGGGUCUGCAGUGUGUGUGUGUGUGUGUGUGUGUGGGGUGGGGGGUGAUGAUGCAGGGAAGCAAGAUCUACUGUCAGGUCCCCCGUCUUUCACAGCUGUUCACUGGAGGGAGUCACUGAUCAGUUUACCUGCCCCCUCGCUCACAGUGCCCGGCUCCUGUUCUCUUUUGUGCACUCACACAAAUGGGCCCCUGGAGGAUGAGGAGAGUGCUCCACUGUAAAGAUGAGCGCUGUGUGUGUGUGUGUGAGUGAGUGUGUGAGUGAGUGUGUGUGUGUGUGUGUGUGUGAGUUUGUUAGAUGGGGCUGAAACAUGAAUCCCAGGGCCCAGAUAACGGACAGCUCUCUGUUUCCUGGCCCACACGCUGCACUUUGUGCUGUGUUUUUUUUCUCUCUUUUUCCAAACCACUUCCUUUUGUGUGUGUGUGUGUGUGUGUGUACACGCUCAUGAUGCUGCCUAUUCUAUAGGGAUGAUGCACAUGGAGCUUGCGAGUGAAAACAGUAGUCGUAGCAUUUCUAGUUGUUUUGGCCUCUGAAAGUAGUGCUGCUUACUGUUUGCUUGACUGCUAGACAAGGCUUGGUAGUUGAAAGCAAUGCAAAAUGGUCUCUGGUGACUGAGUCGUGUAUUCAGUUGUUUCACUUUGUGUUUGUUUUUUUUUCGCUGUCAGUCAAAUUCACUUUACGGUCCACGCUCCACGGUCUCUUUGAUGAAAUGCUGUGUGCUGUGCGUCUAACUGACAGCAGCCUACUAAAUGGUGUAACAUCAUGGAGACAUUGAAUAUUGAUAAUAAUUUUAUCAGUACAUCAUCUCCUUCUGUGAUGUGACAUUAUGCGACUCAAAUGCAAUCACUUUAUAUCUGUACUGUAUAAGGUGCAUCUCUAACAGAUACAGAUUAUACCGGUGUUCAAGAAAAGUGUUCAAGAUAAGAUAAUGCUGAUAUGUAUUUUUAUGUUUGCCCUACACUAGAUGUUUUUUUAAAGAAAAAUGGCAAAAAUCUGAUUGAUUGUUUCCUCCCACACUUUUAGUAUCAACAUGUCAAAUGAUGUGUUACACUUAUUGGAGGUACAUUUAGAUACAUACAAAAAAUCAUUACAUAAUUUUCUUAAAACAUUUUGUCAGGAAAUUAGUUUUCAACUGUAGAUGUUUCUGAGUUGUUGCAGUCUGUUCAUUGUUAUGACUUAUUGUUAUUGACAUCCUAUUAUGUCCAUGUUUUCAUCAUGUAGACUUGAAGGAUCAUAUUGUCCCUCUCCUGUAGUGAAACUGCUAUAAAUGUGAUUAAAUUGGGAUGAGAAAUAAAUGCAAGUACAAUGCAAUCUGAAAA